AUGCUCAAGGACAAGCUAUUCAACUUCAAGAUGGAAAAGGAUGAGUCUAUUCCAAAAAUGUUCUAUAGACUCCAAGUGAUUGUCAAUGAUCUCAAGAACCUUGGAGAAAAAGUGAAGGACGAGGACUUCUCACAUAAGUUCCUCAUGUGCUUGCUAAAGAGAUUCUCUACUUUGAGAAGAAUGGUCUUUAGAGAAGGAUUGAUCAAGGUGACUCCAAAUGAAGUGCUUGGUUACAUAAUGACCGAUGCUCAAUACAAUGAUGAUCCUAGUGAAGGAGAAGAGGACAAGAGGGAAAAGAAAGACAAAAAAGAGAAGAGUAUGGCAUUCAAGGCUUCAUCCUCAUCCAAGGGCAAGAGCAAGAAAGAAGAGUCAAGUGAGGAAGAAAUGGAUAGUGAUGAUGAGGCUAUGGCACUUCUAGUCUGCAAGAUGGGCAAGUUCAUGAAGAAGAAGUGCUAUGAUGCAAGAAAGAGAAGAGACUUCACCAAAGGCAAUGGUAAUGGAAGGCUUUGCUUCAAAUGCAAGAGCCCUGAUCAUGUGGUGGCCAAUUGUCCACAUCUUGAUGAUGAUGACAACAAGAAGAAGAAGGACAAGAAUGAGAGAAAGGAAAAGAAGUCCAAGAAGAUGAGCUUCAAGAAGAACAAGAAGGGUGGUGGCUAUAUUGUCACGUGGGAUAGUGAUGCCACUGAUGAUGAAGAUAGUGAUGAUGAGAAGGAGUUGGAGGCCAUGAAGAAGGCUUUCGGUGGCAUUGCCAUUUCCAACGAGCCAUCUCUCUUUGAUGAUGCUACAUCAAAAUGCCUCAUGGCUAAGUCCACCAAGGUAACAUAUAAUGAUGAUGCAUGUGAUGAUGAUGAUUCUUGUAGCGAUGAUGAUGAGGACCCUUCCAAGGAGGAGCUCAUGGACAUGUGUGAGCAACUAAAUGAAGGCUUCCAAAAGAAGAGAAAGGAGUGUAAGGGUUUACUCAAGAAAGUCCAAGAUCAUGAGAAGUCCCUUAGGGAGCUUCAAGCAUCGCAUGAGUAUCUAAAGAAAGACCAUGAGGAACUUGAGAACGCUCACACCAAGCUUGCAAAAGCUCACUCUAUUCUUCUUGAUCAAGCACAGCUCUUCAUCCAUCACAACCGACUCAAGCUCAAGUAUGAGUGA